CUCUAUAAAAUAACCGUUAUAAAAAUGAUUAUAAGCAUUCAGUUUAGUUGAUUCUAUUAUUUUUCAACAUUAUGAAAAAAUGGAUCACUCCAAACAAGAAAACAUUAGCCAUCUAGAGAUUGGUCCAAUUAACAAGCGAAGAUCUCUGAUCUUUCAGAGGCAGUCGAUUGUCCCCAAAGAAAAAGAUCUUGAAAAUGCAAAUAUUACCGAAGAAACUAGUCCAGAGACUCCAGAAACAAAAAGAUUAAAACUUGAAAGUGAAUCGGAGUUAUUUGAUAUUGAAAAGUACAUGAAUGAUUUGAGUGAGGAGGACAAGCAGUGGCGUGAGGUUUAUACAAAAAGAAAAUCUCGAGUGCAGGACUUGAUGAAACGGGAUAAAAAUCAAGAAAAGUCUUUAGACACCUCAUUUCUAUCUGAUUCUGAAAGAGUGUUUCUGAAAGAAAGGCCGGACUAUGAAGAGUUUAACAAAAACGUUUUUCAACUGUAUGCAAUGGCAUCAAAAGUAACUUUUUUAAAUCUUUGUGCUGAAAAUUGUGCUUUAAAGUCAGUGGAAAAACUAAAGAGUGAAACAGUUAGUGUCAUGCACAGGAUCAUUCAAUUUUCAGAGUUAGAAUAAGAUACGUAUUUUAAGGCAACUUUUAUGUAUUACUUUUUAUUGUAUUGAAAUUGUAUUAAGUAAAUAAAAACUCA